AUGAAGUGGAUCAGGAAGCGGGAGGGAAGAAGAGAUGUCGCGAGGAGGAAGCGGGCGCGGCCCACGACCUCCAGCCCUGAGGCGACCCAUCAUGUGGGAGACCGCGUCGCAGGAGGCGGCCCCCCAGGAGACGGGGUCCGGCCUCCGAGGAGCGCGAGGCGCGGCGGACGCAAGGGGCAGGCGGUUCCUCGCGAGGGCGAUGCGGCGGGGGACCCCGACGGCCAGGCGGUCCCGGCUGGGGACCAGACCUCCUUUUAG